AUGCAUGACCAUCGAGGGGUCAUACAUUCAUUUCAUGCAUAUCAUGCCAUCCCAUGGUUGGUGAAGGAAGAUACCUAUGCCGAUGGGUUUCUCUCGAACUCUCGGGAGAUCUAUUUUUCUUCUGUUUGUUUGGAGUGUUUUCUUAUGGCUGUGCUCAUCGGAGCCUCCCUUCCUCCAGCCCAUCGUCCCCACUACUCCAAAUCGGCUCCUGGGCUAUUAGCACGUCUCCUUGCAGGCCGUCUGCCCCUCCCGCUGCAGCGUCUCGCCUUUUGUGGUUGGCUGUGGGGGAUGGUCGGGGCUUUUGGCUUACGGGAGAUUGUGGCAAGGCUGGCUCCGGCCGCCGUGUGUCGGUGGCUGGGGUCGAGACAACCUUUUAAUUAUGAUCUUCGUUCCUCUUCUUGUCCUGGUGCUGGGCUUGGAGGGGUCCUCCGCUGGUGGCUCCCGAUGCGGCUCGUGUGGGUUCGUUACCUUUGA